CAAAACAAUGGGCUGACUUCAUCCCUUAUUAUCUAGGACCUUGUGCAAAAUGGAUCUGAGCUAGGGAUGUUCUAACUUUUAAUCCGUCAUCAGUUUGUGCUGUAAAAAUGAACUCCAUUAUAAAUGUUAAUGCCGAUUUAAUCAGAAAGGCAGGAAGUGUGGAGAAGAAGGAACACCUGUACAAGAUCCUGGUGAUCGGAGAACUCGGCACCGGCAAGACCUCCAUCAUCAAGAGAUACGUCCACCAGUUCUUCUCCCAGCACUACAGAGCUACUAUUGGAGUGGACUUUGCUUUAAAGGUGUUAAACUGGGAUGCCGACACAAUUGUUCGUCUGCAGUUAUGGGACAUUGCAGGUCAGGAGAGGUUCGGUAACAUGACACGGGUAUACUACAAGGAGGCUGUGGGCUGUUUCAUCGUCUUUGACGUGACACGAGCGUCGACGUUUGAUGCGGUGGUGAAGUGGAAGACUGACCUUGACAGUAAAGUGCAGCUGGCCGACGGCAGUCCCGUUCCUUGUGUUCUAUUGGCCAAUAAGUGUGACCAGACAAAGGAAGGUGUUGUGAACAACUCCAACCAGAUGGACGAUUUCUGUAAAGAGAAGGGCUUCAUUGGGUGGUUUGAGACCUCAGCCAAAGAAAAUAUCAACAUCGAUGACAGUGCUCGAUUCCUAGUGCAGCGAAUAUUAGAAAAUGACAGCAAUAUCAAACGAGAAGAAGAGGAUCAGGAUAAAAUCACACUGGGCAGCCGACAAAGCGACAUCAAAAAUCCCAAAGAAAAGUCGGGUUGCUGCUGAUAUCUUAUCAAAACAUGCAUGAAUGAACACAUUGUUAACAAGUCAUGGAUGAGUGAAUUGUAUAGUAGGGUAUUCUGAGUGGCAAGCCAAACAUGUUUGUUAUUUAGACUUCUAAAAGAAGUAAUGUGAACUAGUUUUUUGAUACUUUGAUUGUAUAUGUGUUCCACACACUUAAUUGUGAUGCAUUGUGUGUGACAGGUCAGCACAUACUGAUUAAUUGACACAUGUUUUUGUUCCUUUCUUCAAAAUCAUUUUGUUUCUUUGCCUUUUGCUCUAAAGUCUAUCACAAGAGAAUUGAAGACAAUCAAGGUGGGUUCUUUUUUUUGUUUCUAAUUUUUUAAGUUGUGCUUCUUCUGCAUGUGAAAUCAGGGAGAGAGUUUGCUCCUAUGCUCAGUAACAAACAGAUGGAUAGCCUAAGUGAGUGUGAUUAUAGAAUGUUAGGCACAUGAAAAAUCUUAAGUGAAUAUUUUUAAUAAAAUUUUCUGUUAUUUACCUACCCUGUGAUCAGUUGUAAUAGAUGUGAACUGUGCACUAUAUUUUCUGUAAGGUAAAAUGUGCUAUCAAAAUACUCAUCUCUUCUGCGUGCUUCUGACCGAGUGGUUUGUAAGGGGUCAUCCAUGUGAUGGUGUGAAGCAGUGCUCAGGACAACAGUGUGCAGAGAGACUGGUUGUGAUAUUAAAUACGACACUUAAUUCUUGGAGGCGAAUAUUAGAUGUACUAAUGUAUUUUCUUGUCUUGAAAACUUUCUUUGCUCUACUCCAAAGGGGUGAUAACCUCUCCUAUUCUCUUUAUUCUAUUGAUAGCAUUCACUGUAGGGCAAAUAUAGAUAACUCUGUACAUGUAAACUUGCUGUAAUUCAUUACAAAUUUUGAAAUUUUUAAGUGUUUUUAACAUGUCCUUCAUCAUUGAAAGAGAGAGAGAGAGAGAGAGAUGAAUGGAGUAUGUGAUGGUGUGUGUUCUUGUAACCAGAGCUCAGUCGUGGGACUGUGUCGGCUCUUUUUCAACCAAUCACACCUUUUUAUCUAUAUACAUUUUAUCUGCUGUAUAUUUUUAUAUUAUUGUUGAUAGUGUAUACUGUCGAUGCAAUGUUGAAAGAUUUUAAUAAAGGCAUAUACUUAGCCAUGUUAACCAAUAAAA